AUGGCAGGUUUGGGCAGUGAGGGGUGGCGGAGAUGAGUCGCCGCCACCAGACAAGGCUAAUGUAGCGGCAGCCUCCCUCUCCUGUGUGUGCGGUGUGUCCUGCAGUCUGGCGCCCGCCUCGCCUGUGUCCAGCUGGUGGGCUUUGUGAGGUGGUGGUGCAGCAGGAGUCUGGUGUGGCCAGCGUGGUGGAAUUUCCUUGCCUCGCCAAUACUGACUCCCCGCCACGCCUCAAUGAAGAUCCUCCACCACACUCCCUUGACAUUGCCCCAGAUAUGGACUUUGUGGGCCAUCGACAGAGGUCCUACACAGCUCAGAGGCUUGAAGUGAUGAGGAGAGAGAAGAAGAAUGCCUCCAAGGUGAAGAGAGUGGUGUGGAAACAUAAUACAGCUCCAAUUGAUGAGAGUGAAUUGAAUGAGCUGUUUUCGCGUAAAGCUGUGAUAACUUCUCGCAAUCCCCAAGACUGUCCUCUACCCCAGCAGGCUCCUGUCUCUCUCCUCUCCCGCCUUGUGCAGCAAUAUCCUGACGGUCUAAAUAAUCCAUUUCUUGAAUAUGCGAAGUUCGAUGGCACGACACACACAAAUGUCCAAGCUCGUCGCAUUAGUAUUUAUCUCUUGAUUGGAGAUGAGCCGGCCCCUAACUACCCGCUGGUUGUCUCUGUGAUCAACUGUCAUCAAGCACGGGUCAUUGAUCUCAUUGGUCUGAUAUGCUGGCUGUAUACCAAAGAAAACAGACAACCACCUCUCAGGGGUGGCGUGGAGCAUUAUGCUUUGCAUAUUGCAGAGGAGGAUGGUCAGGUGGACUGGGAUUUUCAAGCUCUGCGGCCUCGGGAUAUCAUUGAAAAAUUUGGUUUCAAUGUUUUAGCACUAGUUGAGAAGAAGACGGUUCGAGAAGCUUCACAAGAUGUUGUAGUGACUUUAAAUGUGGCUGGUGGAGCUUUUAGUAAGAUAACAGUCGACAGUAACAUAACUCUCAAAGAAAUUCUCAAUAGAACAAUAAGCAAAAGAAAGGAUAUGGUAAGAAUAAAAGAUGCUGGGCUCGAUUAUCACCUAGAGAGAGAAGACGAACCAGGGAUUGCAUUAGACCCAGAGAAAACACUCAGUGACAUCAACUGUACAGAAUUUGCUGUGGUGCGAGAUAAUAGUAAAAGACAUGAGCCUCUUAUGGAGUCCAACAACAUGUCGGUGGUGGAAGCCACUCUAUACAAGUCCUAUCGGGUGGUGUGGGUGUACAAGUUUGGCAAGUGUGAGGCGUCUCUGGGAAUUUCUGGAGAGAAGUUUGAGAUUCACCCACUGCCACCCAAGACGCCAGGUCCCUUCCUGCCCCUGCGCUCCCGAACCCCUGUCACCUGCAACAUGGACCAGGUGGUGGACUGCAGUCGCAAGGCAGAAAAAAAAGGUAAAAUAGAUAUUCAGAUAACCUGCCAAGGAGAAAACCGGUUCAAGGACUUUAUAUUUGAAUGUGAGACAAAAAUGGGGCAAGAAAUAUUAGACAAGUGUAGGCAUAUCUUUGAUCUUCGCUCAAGUUCAGUCCGUAAAGAAUUUUGGCGGGAGAAGAAGCCAUUCCGAAGACACAACAGCCUCUCAAUGAGGAGGAGGCCGAGGACGGAGAACUAUGUCAAUGAAGUGUAGUAGGUCAGUGUUUGUUCCUCCUUUCUACAACGACUAGAGGUGACUGAACUUGUGUGAUGUGCUUGGAUGCAGUAAAUUCUGUUGUAGAGGUUGGCAAUACUUCAGUAUUUUAUUUUUUUAUUUUAUUAUAUUUUUAUUUAUUUAUUUAUUUAUUUAUUUAUUUAUUUAUUUAUUUAUUUUUUUUUUUUGUCCAUUUAAGUGACAAGCUAUUCACUCCAAGUUGCCUUUGUGUAGAAAAUUAUUUAUGACAUUUUAUACUUAAUAAAAGCAGUUUCAUUGUUGGUUGAGAUUCCAAAAAACAUGUAGUUCUCAUUUUUCAGAGCAAACACUACAUUGCAUUUCCUAAAUGAAUGUGCAUGUAUUUUUCAGAAUGUAUUUGACUAGGGCAGUUUGUAUUUAAUGAAACUAAUUAACUUCUCAGACUCGAUGAUGAUAAUCUAAAGUAUUUGAUAUUUUAAGUGGUACUUAAUGUUACUUUAGGAAUAAACUAGUCCAGAGCCUCAUCUGUUCUUCCUGAGUCAUGCAAUAGACAUUUCAAGCUCAGUGUGAGUGGCUCCCAAGUGCUUCCAGUGCUGUGAUGCAACCUGGGAGCUGUUGGAUCCUUCAAAGACGCUACAGUGUAGUACUACAAUGCUGAAAUAUUGACAGGACAUUCAGAAAGCUUUAAUGUGUAGCACUGGAGUCAGUUAUUAGUUCUUACAAAUGUUCUGUUUGACACUGCAUCUCAUGAGCAUUGUGACUUUUGACAUUGAAAGUGUCACAUGAUUCACUAGAUAAGUAUGUUUUAUAGUGAUAUUGGAGUGGAGGCCUGAAAGUGUCCACUAUUCUGUUGCCUGUCCUGUGCUAAUUUGGUUCAAGAAAAUUCAUGAUGAUAGCAGUGUUAGUGUCUGUAGGAGCUCAGAUGAAUGUUAGUCAUGCAGUUAGUAGGAUGUACUUUACUUUUGUGGUUUGUACUGGAGAAGCCAUGUUAAUAUGUUCCAUGCAUAGCUAAGUACCAAGAUGAAGCAUUGAAUAUUGUCCAUUACAGUCAGGAAUAUUGAAAAUUCUUGAGGUCUAUCAUUGUAUGUUACAUGAUCUUGGAAAAAAAAUAAUUGUAUUGUGGAAGUUUUAUUUGCUUCAAGUUUAUGACAUGUAUGUUGAAAAAUUCCUCAAUCUGUUGUUUGAUAUCAUUUGUAAAAUGUCUCUGCUAAGGAAUAAGAAAUUUAUGAGGAUUUGCUGUGAAAAGCAAAGGACUUUCAACCGAGUUGGUUUUCUCGCAGAAUGUUACAUAAAACAGUAUUCUUUUGUAACCAAAGCAUUGUGAAUAAGCAAUAUGUUAUUGAACUUACACUAUUUAAAGAAUCCUUGUUAGUUAUUCCUUUUACUAACGGAACAAACUAUCUUUUCAGUGGCUGGGACCAAAACAGUCAGGGUGUUGGCAUAGAUACUUGCUGGCUCUUCAUCUUUCAAGUAUACUUGGGAAAAUUUUUACACACAGAUACUUAAUGUAGUAAGAACUUGAGCACAACUAAACUGGCACUGGUAUUCUUGUGUUAGUUGAUUAGUACCAAGUACAAGAAUCUACAAGUGAACAGUUGAGUGAAUGCUGUUCUUUACUAAUCCUUUUCAUGAGAGAGAACGCACUGAAGAUUAUAAGAGUCACAUGAUGAUGUUUCAAAGGUAGAUUUGGAAAUCCCUAAUCUUUUCUUCCCAUAGUUGAUGAGAGUAAGGACUAUGCCACAUGAGACAAUUUUCAUCUUUAAUGAGGUACCCACCAAUAAAAAAAAAAAAAUUUCUUAAAAUAUAGACUGAUGACUCUAUUCAUGGUAACGUUCCUCCCAAACUGGAUCUUUGGGAAGAUCUUUCGGCUAUGGAUGUGUGGGACACUGAAGCGUUGGAUCUGUUGAGUUUCAAGGAAACAUGAAAUUUAACUUAAUCAGCUUGUAACACUAAAAAGAAAAAUCAACAACUGAAUUUUUCUAUGAAAAACAAUGGGAAAGAUAAUUAUUAAUUUUUUUGGCAGAUUUGAUGCUCUCAAAAUAUAGGUCUACUAGUUAGACUGGUUUUAAAAGGUGUGUGUGUGUGUGUAGGUGGGUGUGUGUGUGUGUGUGUGUGUCCAGAAAAAGAGUGAACAGUUUGGGGCUGAUGUCAGUGUGGACCCUGGCUGGGGACUGUCCAGUUUUGGAGGAGUAUGGCAUACUGUAUUGAAGUUUUUGUUUAGUUGAAAAUAAAUUUUAUUGUAUAAA